CCGCCAUCAAGAACCAUACGUUCGCCAUGGCGCACUCUCGGUCAUUCAUCGCCCCCCUAAGCAGGCUGGGGUUAUCCCCAAUCGCAGGAUCCCGCUCAGAAAUCCCCCGUACCGCUUUCCUACCCUACCAAUCCGUUCGAUGCGCUUCACAGAAAUCCACGAAAUCGGCGCCCAAGAAGAAGAAGACCAAGAACACAUACACACAAUAUGACAUCAAGCACGCGGAGCAGUUCUCCCUUGUAGAUGCAAUGCAAUAUAUCCGAGCAUUCGAAGUUGGUCGCAGCCCCUCCUCAUCCAAAUACGAAAUGCAUGUACGGCUACGCACAUUGAAGAACGGUCCCGUCGUUCGAAAUCAACUCCGCCUCCCUCACCCCGUCAAGACCGAUAUCAAAAUCUGUGUGAUAUGUCCCCCGGAUUCGAAGGCAGCGGCAGAGGCACGCGCAGGUGGAGCAACACUAAUCGGCGAGGAUGAUGUAAUAAACCAGAUCAAGGAGGGAGUAAUAAAUUUUGACAGGUGCAUCUGCCACCCGGAUUCGCUGCCGAAGGUCAACAAGGCAGGCUUGGGAAGGAUACUAGGUCCUAGGGGAUUGAUGCCGAGCACGAAGACUGGGACAGUAGUGAGCAAUGUCGCGGCGACUUUGAAGAACAUGGUGGGAGCCAGCGAGUACAGAGAGCGUAUGGGUGUGAUCAGGAUGGCGGUGGGACAGCUGGGUUUCACGCCUGAGGAGAUGCAGAGGAACAUCAAGACGUUCAUGGAGGCACUUAAGAAGGAUAUCGGCCUUCUCAGCGACCGGAUAACAAAGGAGAUACACGAAGUGGUGCUAAGCUCCACUAACUCCCCCGGGUUCAGCUUGAGCGGCGAGUUCAGGGGGCCAAACUCAAUACAUCCCAGGGAACUGUCAGGGCCGCUGUAGCAUAAUCUUGCGUAUUGUAUAAGAUAAAUGUACCAUACUUCCCAACGCCAUCGCUAUGCGGGGUAUCAUAGAGGCUGGCCCCUAUCAUGAGGUCUUGAGAGCUUUCAGGACUUUGACUGCUUCCGCGGACUCAUCCAUCUCCGCGUAUAUCUUCAUAAUUUUCAUGACACGAUCUG